UUCAACUUGCCUCGCUAUAUAUCUCCAAGGCUUUGCAGUGCAGCGCUUACUGGCAUGCUCUUCUCUGAUGCAUCAUGGAGGAGAACCCAAAGUUGGCGCAAGUCAGCGCCAUUUCCCUCCACCGGCUCGUCUCCGAGAAAGAUACCGUCAGUUUCAGGGUGUUUGCCGGUACAUGGAAUGUCGGUGGCGUGGCGCCGCCGGGCGAUUUAGUCCUGGAGGAUUGGCUGGACACCAGGGCCUGCAACUCCUACGACAUAUACGUUCUUGGGUUCCAAGAGAUGGUGCCGCUGAACGCGAGGAACGUGCUCGGACCCAAGAACAGCUCCAUAUCUAGCAAGUGGAACCAACUCAUCGGAGACGCACUGAACAGCACGGGAAGAAGGCGAGAAGAAGAAGAGACGGCACCUUUGCACCACGAGCAGAAGCAGUUCAGGUGCGUCACGAGCAAGCAGAUGGUCGGUGUCUUCGUCUCCGUUUGGAUGAGGAGCGGCCUCCGCCGCCACGUCCGCCACCUAGGCGUCUCCUGCGUCGGCGCCGGCGUCCUUGGCCGUCUCGGCAACAAGGGCGCGGUGUCCGUCCGGUUCUUGCUGCACGGCACGAGCUUCUGCUUCGUCUGCUGCCACCUGGCCUCCGGCAGCAAGGACGGCGAUGUGCUGCUCCGCAACGUCGACGCGGCGGACAUCCUAUCGAGGACCAGAUUUCGCCGAUGCCGCACCGCAGCGCCGGACGAGGAGCUGCCUUCCAAAAUCCUUGACCACGACCGCGUGGUGUUGCUGGGCGACAUGAACUACCGGAUCUCCAUGGACGACGCCAAGGCGCGGCUGCUGGUGAGUGCCAGCAAGUGGAGCACGCUGCUGGAGAAGGACGAGCUGCUGCUCGAGCUCUGCAGGGGGCGUAGCUUCGACGGCUGGAGCGAGGGCCUCGUCACUUUCCCCCCGACAUACAAGUACCACCGCAAUUCCGACAAGUUCUACUGGUGCAUCGACGGCAGCGGUGGCCGGACGCAGCAGCGAGCGCCGGCAUGGUGCGAUCGUGUCCUCUGGCGCGGCAAGGGGCUGAAGCAGAUCCGGUACGAGAGGUGCGGCGGGUACAGGCUCUCGGACCACCGGCCAGUCAGAGCGGUGUUCGACGCCGUGUGCGAGGUUCCCAGACCUGUAGAAUCGUUCUUACAGGGCUUAUGUGCUUUCAGAUAACACAGACAGUGUAAAUUAACUGAGAUUUACCAGAGGAUCAGGAUGUUCAUAGUCAUAUUUGCAUCUCUGCAUGCAAAUGAGAGAAACAGAGAAUGGGGCUCAGUUUGGUUCUGCA